AGGAGGACAUGAAGACGGCUGAAAUACCUUUUUUGAUAGUGAGACUCUGACAAACGUUAUUAAUGGAUGACUAAACCUAUAUACCCAAUAUUAGUCAUAUGACUGUUGUUCCUAUGCCACUGGUGUGAUUUGUUUUUGUUUUUACGGUGAGAAUGGCAGCUGUGAGUCUGACCGGUCCGCUUUGUAAACCCUGUUCAUACAAUUCACAUUUUAAAGUUGAGGUGUUUGUGAAGAAGCCCUUGAUGCCCAUCCACCUGAGCAGCGAGCAGGUAGCAGUGGAGAUGCUGUGUCUCUGCAGCCAACUGGACCUCUUGAUCAGAGCUCAGGUCCAUCAGUUUCAGGAGCAACUUAAUAUGGACACAAGUCCUGAGGAGUCUGAAUGCUUUAAAAGACAAGGGGCUGAGAUAAUAUAUCAGAUGAACCAGUGCCUUGAACAUCUUUCUAAACCUGUGCCUCAGCUUGAGGACUAUUUGGAUGUUGUUGGAUUAUCUUUCCUAUUUCCUCGAGUGGAAGUGUAUAUCAUACAUGGCAGCCCUUUUGACAUGUUGGAAAGACCACCUUCAGAUGCAUAUUUUCCUCACAUUGGAAAGCUGAACCAGCUGCUAGUUCUCAGUCAGCAGUUAGACGAAGAUGUGAAGCAUCUGGGCAGUCAUAAGUACAUUGCUCAUCAGCUAUCGGCAAUCUAUCAAGUCCUAAACUCUCUGAAAGACAUUUUGUCAUUAUCCAGUAUAAGAAAGGAUAUCGAGGCCAACUUUAAGCCAUUGAAGAAGUCUCUUUUGACAGAACAGGGGUCCAAGCUGGAGCCACAGUUGCCAGGACAUUAUAUAAGCUGGGUGUCGGAGUUAACACACAACUUAAUAUCAACGGUGUUGUCACUCUCAGAGGAACUUACCGAAGACCUCGAUCCAGUUAUGGAAUUUGUCUCCAACCUCUCCUAGUACAGGAUCCACAGUGCCUAAAGUGGAUGGCAAGAAAUUGUCACAGAAUGAAAGUCAAUCGCUUGUUUUCAGAUAUGCAUUAUGUUGUUUGAUUUGCUGACCUGCAUAAACCACAGAUAAGACUGUGAUUUAUAUGAUCCAUAUAAAUUUAAAGUGCACGUUUUAUAUCAGUUUACUGUCAUAAAGAAAAAGUACUGAGUACUAACACAAUGAUUAGUUAGGAUUUAUUGUUAUUCUUGUUAAACCAUUUUAGAUUUAUAUGCAGUUUUCUGAGUGUUUAGACAUAGGGGAUUCAUUCUAAAAAAACAAAAACUGUGCAAUAAUGUCUUACUAUUACAUACGUAUACUUGAAGUGACUGUUGCACAUGUUCUUUCUAUUCUGUAAUGAUGGUGCUAGCAUGGUUUAUCUCACACGUAUAUCAUGAUUACAAUGGUUCAUUUCAUAUCUCCACUUUACCCUGAGCCAGAUGUGAUAUACAGUAUAAUGUUAAUGUAUUCUGAAAUAAAGUGGUUGUAUAAUACAAA